GGGGCGUGGCGGCAGGGCGGGGCGAGCCAGACGAGACCUUAAAGAUCAUUCUAGUCCAACCCCUCGCUUUACCACGACGGAAGCGCUGGUUCUGACGUGUUGGGCCUCACUGGGUCUCAGCCCGCGACGAGUCGGAGAGUCCCAGGCGCGAAGUCUUCGGCCGUGGAAGAGGGGUGGCCGGAGGUGCGAGAUGCAAGUGGGUAAGCCCAUCCUCUACUCCUAUUUCCGGAGCUCCUGCUCAUGGAGAGUUCGAAUCGCUCUGGCCUUGAAAAGCAUCGACUAUGAGACCGUACCUAUCAACCUCAUAAAGGAUGGGGGACAGCAGUUCUCUGAAGAAUUCCAGGCACUGAAUCCAAUGCAGCAGGUGCCAGCCCUGAAGAUCGACGGAAUCACCAUUGGCCAGUCACUGGCCAUCAUUGAGUACCUGGAGGAAACUCGGCCCACUCCGCGCCUCCUGCCGCAGGACCCGAAGAGGAGGGCCCAGGUGCGCAUGAUUUCCGAUGUCAUUGCCAGUGGCAUCCAGCCCCUGCAGAACCUGUCUGUCCUGAAGCAAGUGGGACAGGAGAACCAGCUGACCUGGGCCCAGAAGGUCAUCCGCUCUGGCUUCAACGCUCUGGAGCAGAUCCUGCAGAGCACGGCAGGGAAGUACUGUGUGGGAGACGAGGUGUCCGUGGCCGACCUCUGCUUAGUGCCUCAGGUGGCAAAUGCUGAAAGGUUCAAGGUGGAUCUCACUCCCUACCCUACCAUCAGCCGCAUCAACAAGACGCUGCUGGCCUUGGAGGCUUUCCAAGUGUCUCACCCCUGCCAGCAGCCAGACACACCGCCUGAGCUGCGGGCCUAGCUCCCCAGCUGUGCCCCAUGGGUGAGGGGGCAGGGAGAGGGUGCAGGAGCAGAAGCUGGGGGGAGGGGGUGCUGAACAGGCCUGGCAACAAGGAAGCCCUACUGGAGAAGCAGGAGACCUGAACUCCUUGAACUUGGAAUCAAGCCCUGGAUCCGCCUUCCCACUGAAAAUCCUUGUGCCUCAGUCCCCUCAUCUGUCCAGUACGGGUAGUGUGGGGGAGAGGAUGCUGGGAGGGAGGGAGGCAGGAACAUCACUGGUCAUCUAUGUCGUGGGGCAGUCGUGAAGAUGAGGUGAGAAUGUAGCCUAAAACGCUUGGUGGGUUUGGCAAGGAGACGUAAGGGAGCCUGUGCGCUCUUCCCAUGCCCGCAGCUGUACCUGACUCCAGAGAAGGCCCACACUGAAAUUUGAUCAUUAAACUGAAGCCCAGGCCUCCAGGUUGUUCAGUUAAGGCUGAGCCGCGUUCCAGAAGAUGAACACUCUUCCUAGCUGGAAUCCCCCUGCAUCUGGGCCAGGAGAGAAAAACGUCUGAAAGCCUGCCAGAGAGAAGCAGACCAGAUCCAGAAGAGAAUAGAUAGAAGCGGCAGGAAAGAAAGCAUUUUGUGACCAGCUGAGUUUCCAGGGCUAGAAGGGUACCAGGAAGUGGCCCACUGGAGCAGGGAGGGGGAAGCUGGCCCUCUCAAGCCAGAACAGUCCUAGGAGUAGGCACUUGGAAUAAAUCCAGUCAUGAAGGGCCCUGGGAACCGGAAGCAGGCUCCUCCAUGGGCAGCAUGACCCGCCACUGCCCAGGCUGGUUCCGGACCCCACGCAGCUAGCAGCUUGCCUUGAGAUCCCUUCUGGGGGUGGAACAAGAUGACUUUUAUGUCCUGUACCUGAGAUUUCAUUUCCCCUGCAUGGCUAAGGCUUCAACAGUGAGUUCAGGUAGAUGUGUCUUGUUCACACGGAAGCCACCACUCUCAGCGGACAUGAGUCCCUUUUCUUCAGCCCCGACCCCAGGGCACCUAGUUCUCCCAUCCUCCCGGGCUCCUUUGUGGCCUUUCCUUCCUGAACUUGGGUUCCAGGCUUUAGAAUGACCAAAAUGGGCCACUCUUGUUCCUGAGACACACUGGUCCUGGCAGAGCCAGAAAAAAGCACAGGGCAUUCCGUGAGACACAGCAGUGUUGAGGGAGACUGGGUUCCUCCUGCCCUGCCUCCAUCUUUCCGUCCGCUUACUCCAGGCUUGCCCGGCUGGGUAAAACUUGCCCCUGGGCUCUCUCCAGGAAACCUUGACUCAAGAGACUGAUCUCCUCAGCCCAGGGAUCAGGACUCGCACCUGAUUUGGACAUUUGGAGUUGAAGGUGAUUAAAGUCCCUGUAGAUUUUAAAGACACCAGCUUGCAGUGAGCCUUCCCCAGUGACUUCCCCACCUGGGAGCUGGAACGUGUGGCCUUGUGACUGGGAGUGUGGCAGACAUGGCCCUUGCUCUUCUUGAACUCCUG